UUUUUCUAUUUUCAGCCCAAUUUCCUACCCUCCUUGGAGUAGUCUUGUACAUGCUGAAAUGCAUGUAUUGAGAUGAAUUCAAGUUUAAUCACUCUGCGCUCCUGUCAUAACAGCGGAUUUGUUGACUGUUAUACCUCUAGGCCGAUCGCUUAGCUCCUGUCAGACCGCGUUCUAUCGCAUGGAGCAGGAAUAUGCGAGCCAGUACAGACAGAGCAUUCCCGGCCCGCCUGCUCCGCUGCAGAUGUCUCCGAUAAUCCGAAAACGACCUGCGCCGUCUGGAGAACGGCCGCUGGCCUCUGCUCCCCGUGCCAUCCAGCCAAAGCCCCAUACUUCUGAUACCACCCGAUACUCAAUUUCCGAGGUUCGUACUGGCGUACCGAUUCCUCGUGCCCCUGAUCCUCCUCGUGGAGACACUCCUCGUAAACGGGGACGACCAAGCAAGGCAGAAAUGCAGCGCCGUAGGAUAGCUGAGGAAUCCCGAUCCCAGGCUCAUUCUGCCUCUCAACAACCAAACAACAUGACGCCCAGACCCGGCUAUGCAGCAGGGGUUCUACCCGCGACUUCUCCCGGUACGUCACAGGGGCCGCCGUACUCCCCUGCAAUGGGCCAGCGAGUGCCUCCGGAGCAAUUGCGUGAACCCGACCCUCCAACCCCAAUGAGUGUACAGUAUCAUGGGACCGAAACUCCUCCAUCCCAGACACAGGACAUACAAGUCCAAAGAGGGCAGCGACCCCAACAGCCACAGCUGCCGCGAACAGACGGUGGCCGGCUUCUCGAGGAAUCACCCAUGAUUGUAGAGUCAAGGGACCCGACCAGGCCAGCUCAAGGAUCCCAUCAUCCACAGACAGAAGCCCCAGCAGGCAGCAGUGGUCAGCGACCGGAUACCGCAGCAUCAGCAGCAGUCACAACAACGCCUUCUGGCCCGUCAAAACCGGAAUCGCCUGGUAACCGGGAACGAAUUUCACCAGAACAGCCUGAUACUAGCCCAGAGGAGGAUAAAGGGUCAUAGCGACACGCAGAGGGCACACGUAUCAUGAUGAUAUCAAUGAUGCUUUGUGCGGCCCCCCUUUAGCUGAACUGUGGUGGAUUGCAUACGAUAUAAAAGGAGUAAUGAGGUCGAGCGAGACAUUUAUUUUCCAACGAACACAAGUCAUAUAUAUACAAUGACUUGAUGCGAGAACGUGACCAAAGGUGUUCGCAAUUGUUUCAUUUUUAUUUUUAAUUCUUUAUUUUUAUUGUUAUUCUCACCUCCCCCCCUUUUUUGCUGCUAUGUUACUCGAUUUGUCUUUCCCUUUCCCAGACCACACUCCUUAUCUCCCGAACGAAAUCACGAAUCCCCAGCCUGACUCAAUCCGACUUGGAAUCUAUCCUACUGCCCGGAUUCCCACCACCCCCUAGACACACAUCUAUCUACCCACAGAGCAUGUGCCUUUUUUUCGGAGAUUUAACGGCCGAUAUUUCCCCACCCCCAGCAGGAACAGCCCUUGUUCCUAUUCCCAAAUUUUCCUUUUAUGCUACUGGAAGAGGAAUCC